CAUUCAGUUUUGAGUCCCUUAUCUUCCCUUGCCAUCAAUCAUCUUCUUCAACUCUCUCUCUCUCUCCAUCAAAAUGCCUCCAAAAUCUUUGUCAAUCUUCUCUUAUCUCCCCUAUCUUCCUCACCAACUCCAAAACCCCUUCUCAAAUUCACACCUCCAUUUCAAAACCCAGCUUCCCAAAUUCUCUCUCAUCAAAUGCAGAGCAACAACAACAUCACCUAAUCCCAACCCUGAACUCCAUGGAACUCCCCAGAACAUUGCAACCCAAGUUCCAGUUUCCGAACCCGAUACUGAUACCGAGGGCUCUGGCGCUGCCGCCCCUACCCGUGGACAGCUCUUUCUGGAGCACCACCAAGCCAAAGUGGCUUCAAAGUUGCUUCUUGCUGCUAAUAAGAAGAAGAGAAAGAAGAAAGAGAAGGAAACUGGUUCAUUUAAACCAAUUAAUCAAGUUGCUGGCUGUUAUGGUUGCGGAGCUCCAUUGCAAACUCAGGAACUUGAUGCUCCGGGUUAUGUUGACUCAGAUACCUAUGAGCUGAAAAAGAAGCAUCGGCAGCUGAAAACUAUUCUUUGUGGGAGGUGUCGUCUUCUUUCACAUGGACACAUGAUUACUGCUGUUGGUGGCCAUGGAGGUUAUGCAGGGGGAAAGCAAUUUGUUACUGCCGAGGAGCUACGUGAUAAGCUUUCACACUUGCGCCAUGAGAAAGCAUUGAUUGUUAAAUUGGUGGACAUUAUUGACUUUAAUGGCAGUUUCUUGUCUCGCGUGCGUGAUCUUACAGGUGCAAAUCCAAUAAUAUUGGUUGUGACCAAGAUCGAUCUCCUUCCAAAAGGGACUGAUAUGAAUUGUAUUGGAGAUUGGAUAGUAGAGGCUACUACAAAGAAAAAACUCAAUGUUGUAAGUGUCCACUUGACGAGUUCAAAAUCCAUGGUUGGAAUAACCGGAGUUGUCGCUGAAAUUCAGGAGGAGAAAAAGGGACGGGACGUAUACAUCUUGGGAUCAGCUAAUGUUGGAAAAUCAGCAUUUAUCAAUGCCUUAUUAGUGAUGAUGGGGGAGAAUGAUCCAAUGGCUGCAGCAGCUCAAAAAUAUAAGCCCAUUCAAUCUGCUGUUCCAGGAACUACCUUGGGUCCUAUUCCAAUUGAUGCCUUCUUUGGAGGAGGGAAAUUAUAUGACACUCCUGGAGUGCAUCUCCACCAUAGGCAAGGUGCAGUUGUUCCAGUGGAUGAUUUACCAGUCCUUGCUCCUCGGAGUCGGCUGAAGGGUCGAUCAUUUCCGAGCGACAAGGAUACCAUCUCAGACUCUCGUGGAAUGGAGGGUUUCUCAAUUUUUUGGGGCGGUCUUGUCAGAGUUGAUAUUUUAAAGGCUCUUCAUUGUACACGAUUGACCUUCUACGGACCGAAGGCGUUGCCAAUUCACGUAGUUCCUACGGAAGAAGCUGAUGAUUUUUACAAGAAAGAGAUAGGGCUUCUACUGACACCUCCGGCAGGAAAGGAAAGAACGAAGAGCUGGAAUGGACUUGAAACUGAGCGCAGGUUGCAGUUAAGGUUUGAUGACCUAGAUAGACCGUGUUCUGAUAUAGCGAUUUCAGGACUUGGAUGGAUAGCUGUUGAACCAAUUAACAAAGAGCUCGUGAUGUCUGACGUAAUUCCUGAACUUACUAACAAUGAACUACAUUUCAGUGUGCACGUUCCAAAACCUGUUGAAAUUUUUGUUCGGUCUCCCUUGCCUGUGGGCAAGGCUGGAAGUGAGUGGUACGAAUAUCGGGAUCUAACUGAGCAAGAAGAAGAAACCAGACCCAAGUGGCAUUACUGAUGCUGUAAGUUCGAAAAAUCAUAAGGGAACAAUACACAGUGUAUGGAAGUUUGAAAAAUCCUAAGGGAACAAUAUAGUGUAGAGGCUAUGUAACCCCUUGUGAGGUAAAGAGUAUGUGCUGUUUAUUGCCUAGAUUGCCCAAGAAAAUUGAGGAUAAUAUAAGCUAUACAUUAGGUGAAAAGUGUAGUAAAUUUCGUAGAGGGUGUAUCAGACGUUCUUUAGUAUAGAACUAUGUAUAUAUACAUCACUGUCUUUAAAGUGUAUAAUAGAUAUUGAUAGUACUAAUUUUAGGCAACUAAACAUUUACAUUUUUAA